AUGGAGUAUCAGCCGCUGAGAGCGCCGCCGACGGCUGCAGCGACGGCCUCAUCGUCGCUGCACUCGCACUCCGAGUCGCUAUAUUGGAGGAAUCAGUUUUACUCGCCUGUCUUUCUCAAAGAGUUUGCGCCCGUGACGUGCAUCCACUUUGUGCCAUCGAGCCAUGCCACGGACGAUGAUCCUAGUGGCUCGAGCUCGCGUGGCCGAUUCGCUGUCACGACAGGCACUCGCGUGCAGAUCUACAGCAUGCGCACAAGUCGCGUAGUAAAGACCAUCACUCGUUUUAAGGAUGUGGCCCGCAGCGCGCACUUUCGCUCGGAUGCCCGUUUGCUGGUGGCCGGCGAGGACACGGGGAAUGUGCAAGUCUUUGAUACCAACUCACGUACGAUAUUGCGCUCUUUCCAAGGACACCAGAUGCCCGUGCAUGUAUCUAAAUUUUCGACGGAUAUCACGCAGGUGCUGACGGCCUCAGAUGACCGCACUGUGCGCAUGUGGGACAUGCCUGAACAAAAAGAGACGCGCCGCUUUGAGGGCCACACGGACUAUGUGCGCGCUGGAGCCAUCUCUCAAGACAACCCGCAUGUCGUCAUGUCGGGCGCCUAUGACGGCACGGUGCGUCUAUGGGAUCUGCGCAUGAGCGAACACGACGGCCAAGCCAUGUGCAUGGAACAUGGAGCGCCGGUCGAAGAUGUGUUGGUGUACCCGACGGGUGGCAGUGGCGUGGCGGUGAGUGCCGGAGGGCCCAUGCUGCGUGUAUGGGAUAUCAUGAGUGGGGGCCGUUGCAUGCGCGCGAUAUCCAACCACCAAAAGACGAUCACGAAACUGGCGCUGUCCGUCGAGUCGGGCGCUGGAUUCACCUCGGACGAAGGAAGUGGCGGCAUGCGACUACUGAGCGGUGGCCUCGAUCAUCUUGUCAAGGUGUAUGAUCCAGCGCAGGACUAUCGCGUCACGCACACGAUGCGGUAUCCAGCGCCCAUCUUGAGUUUGGCCGUGAGUCCCGAUGAAAGCCAUAUUGCCGUGGGCAUGUCGGACGGCACACUGUGCAUCCGGAAGCGCGAGCUCAAAGCUAGCGAGCUCGAGAGCCGUGAGCGUCGGCGUGCCGCUUUGCGCACAGGUGCCUAUGAGCACUUUGCCACGGGCCCCACCCGGGCGAGUGCUGCGACGCGGGCUGACGAACUGUCCGUGGAGUCGACGCGGCGCCAACGGCUGAAGCGCUACGAUCAGCUCCUCAAAGCGUUCCGCUACCGGGAUGCGUUGGAUGCGAGUUUGCAGCAAGGCGUGCCUGCGAGUGUGACGUUUGCCCUGAUCAUGGAGCUGAUUCGUCGCUCGCCGAGUGGCCAGGCGGACGGUCUGCGUCGUGCCAUAUCAGGACGUGACGACGUGACGCUCGAGCCCAUCUUGCGUUUCCUGUUGCGGCAUGUGACGAAUCCGCAGUACACCCAUCUUGUGUGCGACACACUGAAUCUGGUGAUUGAUACGUACGCGUCGGUGUUGGGCCAAUCGCCGAUCAUUGACGACCUGUUCGGGCGCAUUUGGGCCAAGCUGGGCGAGGAAAUGCGUCUCCAGUCUCAGCUGUUCCAGGUAAAUGGUGCGUUGGAGAUGCUCCUGGCGCGUUCGGCGCUGGGUGCGGCCAUGACAUAG